AUGGGCAGAGGCCGAGGGAGGAGUCAGGCUCCGGGAAGAAGUCAGGUUGAGAUUCGCCCUGAUCAAGGGGAAUCUAUCUCUGGGAAUGUAAAUCAGGAGCAGGGGCAUCAACCUGAAUUUAUAACUAGAGAUGUUAUGGCAGAGAAGAUGGGUAAACUGAGAGAGACUCUGAUGGAAAAUUCACAAAGCAAGAACAUAGAAGAUAUUGGACGUAAUGCUACGGAAGGAAACGAUAAGGAUAAUACGACUUGUAAUGACACAAACGAAUCUGUAAGCAUGCCUAUGGGUUCAAAUAUUAGCCCCGAGACUGAAAUGACCGGUAGACCUAAUGAUGGGACAACACAUUUGAAAGAUCACUUCAAGAUAUGUCCGAGAAGAGUUACAAAAGACAUAAAACAACAUAUUCUAGUUCAAGAGCAGACUACUAAGGAUGUAAAAACAUCUUCAUUGAGUAAUUAUAACUUUAGUGUUGAAAGCUCAAGAGAUGAUUUAGCUAAAAUGAUCAUUCUUCAUGAUUAUCCACUUUCUAUUUUUGAGCAUCAUGGCUUUCGGAAGUAUUCAAAUGGUCUUCAACCUUUAUUUAAGGUGUCUUGUAGAGCUACAAUCAAGUCUGACAUCAUGAAGAUAUACAAAACAAAAAGAGGUGGUGUAUUGCGAUGUUUGGAAGAAAACGAAAGUAUGAUUGCUCUUACUUCGGAUAUGUGGACAGCCGGUAACCAAAACAAAGGUUACAUGGCACUAACAGCACACUACAUAGAUGCCAAUUGGAAGUUACAAAAUCGGAUUAUCAGCUUUAUACGUGUGCCAUCUCCACACACUGCUGAUGCAUUGUCCCAAGUUAUGAUCGAGUGUUUUAUGGAUUGGAACAUUGACAACAAGUUGUCAACAUUGACACUUGACAAUUGUUCAACAAAUGAUGCUUUGGUUGACAGGCUCUUAGGUACUCUUUCUCCUUCCUCCUUAAUUUUGAAGGGUAAGUUGUUUCACAUGAGAUGUUGUGCACAUAUCAUUAAUCUCAUUGUACAAGAUGGGUUUUCUAUGAUUGAGAAAACAAUCAAGAAUGUUAGGGAUAGUGUCUCAUUUUGGACUUGUUCUCCUAAAAGAGCCCAAGAUUUUAGACUCGUUGCACGACAACUAGGUGUAGAUUGUGAAAGAGAAUUAGUGCUUGAUUGUAAGAUUAGGUGGAAUUCUGUUUAUACAAUGUUGAAUGUUGCUUUAGAAUAUAAAGAUGUCUUUACUCGUUUAAGCAAGAAAGAGAAACAUUAUGUUUCUUUACCUAGUGAAGAGGACUGGAGAAUGACGACUAAUGUAUGUGAUAAGUUAGGUUUAUUUUAUCGUGUGAUAGAGACAUUCUCCGUGACCAAAUAUCCCACUUCCAACAUGUUCUUCCCUUUGAUAUGUGACAUAAAAUUAUCUAUUAAGAGUUGGGAAGACGAUCAAAAUGACGUUAUUAGGAACAUGGCAUCAAGUAUGUUGCUUAAGUUUGAUAAAUAUUGGGGAGUCAUACAUGAUGUGAUGAGUGUAGCUAUUGUUCUAGAUCCUAGAUAUAAGUUAAAGUUGAUAAAUUAUUUCUUCCCGAAGAAUUAUGGUGUGGACUCAAAAGAUGAGGUUAUGAGGAUACAGACUCUAUGUAAUGAUUUAUUUGAGGAGUACAAAAAGAAACAUGAUCAACAUAAAAGGAAAGGACAAAGUGGCACUACUGUUUCAAGUGAGGGGAAAUCUUCUUCAAACAAGGCCUCAUGGCAAUUGGAUUUUGAGAAUAUGAUCUCUGAGGAUGAUAUGUUUGAAACGACUGAGUUGGAUGAUUAUUUGUCAGAGAAAUUAUUACCGUAA